GCCGUUGGAGUCCAAGUCUGCGUUUUUAAAAACCGACUUAACCUAGAUUCCCUUCCUAUAUAUUACUCGCUUCCGUCUCAUUCUAGCCUACUUUCGGAAACAUAUUCUCCGCAGCCUUGGGUGUCUCUAUCGUUUCGCUCAGAGAUUCUGAUAAGUGAAUUUGCUUUAAUUGAAUUUCGGAAAGGAUGGCGCGUACGAAGCAGACUGCUCGCAAAUCUACCGGAGGAAAGGCACCGAGGAAGCAGCUGGCAACUAAGGCUGCGAGGAAAUCUGCGCCGACCACCGGAGGAGUAAAAAAACCUCACCGCUACCGCCCUGGAACCGUCGCUCUUCGUGAAAUCCGUAAAUACCAGAAGAGUACUGAGCUUCUGAUCCGCAAGCUGCCAUUCCAGAGACUCGUCCGUGAAAUUGCUCAGGAUUUCAAGACAGAUCUGAGGUUUCAAAGUCACGCCGUGCUGGCGCUCCAGGAAGCCGCCGAAGCAUACCUUGUAGGUCUCUUCGAGGACACCAAUCUGUGCGCAAUCCACGCUAAGAGGGUUACCAUCAUGCCAAAGGACAUUCAAUUGGCAAGGCGCAUUCGUGGGGAGCGAGCUUAAUUGUUCUUGGAGGAACACGAAUUUGUUCUAGUAGUUGUGGUAGCUCUUAGUUAGGUUAAUAGGAACCUUUGUUCUUUCUCCUUCCUCUAUAAGCUCUGAUGGUAGAGCAUAUCAAGCGUAUUUGAAAAAAUAGCUACUACUCCUCCAUCUGUAAAGCAAAUUUCUACUCUCCUAUAGCUGCAUGUUGUGUUGCGCAGAUGAUUGAUUUGUAUUUUGAUAAAUUCAAAUCCAAACCUGAUCAUAAUUGCUUUCUUGAA